AGCUCGAACGAAGCUGAAAUUGUUGAAAUGAAACCCUCCUAAACAGGUUCUUAACUAAACUGUUCGAAAGUCUGUAGCUAAUCUUAACCGUUAACUAUUAAGAGGGCCUAGUUCCGCUUUCACGGUCUACUUCCGCUUUCAUGAAUCCGACCAGCUAGCCCCCACAUGCCACCAAAGGUUUCUAAUUCGGCCUACAAUCUACAAACAUAUCUGGAAAAGAAUAAUAGAUCCGAGACGAUUUUGGACCGGAGCCGGUGGGUGCAUCAAUGUGUUCAAACUGGAAAUCGUUCAAGGCUAGCGCCACAUGCCGCAUCUGAGGGCGCUGCCUCUGCCCUGACGCAAAUCUUCCCAACGAAGCGGAUUGUCGACAUGCCGGCAUCUUCUCUUUCCUUGCACGUCACUAGCAUACAUCCAAGUUUGCUCAACAGAUGCUAGCAACAUUUGAACCUGCCGCUCUAGCACCUGAUCGGCUAUGUUGAAUCGUGGAUGGUCCAUGUGCUCGCCACCUAGGUGAAGGGCCGGAACACUCCGAGAAAGUAGACAGCGAAGGCGCAGGCGCGCAGCGCAGUAGGCUUUCCGAUGUCUUCUCCACGGCUGCCGGCCGAUUUGGCUAGAGCGGUGCGCCAAACGCGCGCCGGAUCCAGCCGGAGGACCGGCCACCGCCAAACACACGAGCCUAAUACGGCCUCCGUCACGGCUCACGACUCGCACAAACAUGGACGCUGCGGCCUGCGGGUGCGGCGUGCGGGAGGGGUGCAGUUGAGCCCUCGAGACGAGCCUUUAUCGGGAGGAGGUUAACGGCUCGGUUAUCUCGGGGGGAGAUAUAACUAUCGCGCCACCUGCCUUGCUUUUCAAGCGUUCCGGCCCAACCCUAUCAAACCGAGAGUUAAAAAACGCGCGUUUUAUUCCGGUCGUGCCACGCCCACGCCGCAGCGUCCUCCCGAGCUAAACGCCACAUGCGAGUGAUGAUAAUAAGGAAGGAAUUGAAGGAAGCGCCCAAACCACCACAGCACCCACGAGGCCACGACCGCAGUAUCGCCGCCGCCGUUUCGUUUCCUUAUCGAUCGUGCGGCGCGCCGGCGGGAUAUAGUAGCUCGAGGCGAGAGAGAGAGAGAGAGAGAGCAGCGCUAGCCUUCCGUUCCCAUUCGCGCGCGGCCGCCACGAUUCCGCCGUUCCCGCAGAACGGUGCUCGGAAGGGGCGCACCGCCAGCAGCCUCUGAUCAUCCUUCGCGGGGAAGGAACGGCCGGGGGUCUCGAGCCCCUGCCGGCCAUUUCGCCCCGCCUCGCGGGAUUCCCGCCAAGCCGUUGGUGUAGCGCGUGGAAGGCGGCGAUCUCGGGCAGGGCCGGAUGCUGCACAAAUGGAAGGCCGCGGAUGGCGGCGGGUGUGCCGGCGUCGCGGGCGGCGUCGACCAGCGCCGGCGGUGCGUGGCGGCGUCGCUGUCCACGCUGAUAGCGGCUACGCUGGCGUUCCUUGCCUACGUCGCCUUCUUCCCCGACGGCGGCGCGCACGGGCUGUACCGGCUGUGGACGUGCCAGGACUGCGCGGGCGAUCUGGGCGAGUUUCCCGGCGACGAGGCGGCCGCGGCUGACGGCCCUUCGGCCGCGCGCGCGGCCCGCUCGCCGACGACGCUGUCGCACGUCGCGUUCGGCAUCGGCGCGUCGGCGCGGACGUGGGACCAGCGCCGCGGGUACGCGGAGCUGUGGUGGCGCCCCGGCCAGAUGCGCGGGCACGUCUGGCUCGAGGAGCAGCCCGCGAGCCCGUGGCCCGCGGCGACGUGCCCGCCGUACCGCGUCUCGGCGGACGCGUCCCGGUUCGGGGACCGCGCGCCGGCGUCGCGGAUGGCCCGGAUCGUGGUGGACUCGUUCCUGGCCGUCGCGGGGGAGCUCGGGAACGGCACGGCCCGCGAGGAGGCGCGGUGGUUCGUGAUGGGCGACGACGACACCGUCUUCUUCCCGGACAACCUGGUGGCGGUGCUGAGCAAGUACGACCACGAGGAGAUGUACUACGUCGGGGCGCCGUCGGAGAGCGUGGAGCAGGACGUGAUGCACUCGUACGGCACGGCCUUCGGCGGCGGCGGCUUCGCGGUCAGCUACCCGGCCGCGGCCGCGCUCGCCACGGCGAUCGACGGCUGCCUGGACCGGUACAGGUACUUCUUCGGCAGCGAUGAGCGCGUGAAGGCCUGCCUCAGCGAGCUCGGCGUGCCGCUCACCCGCGAGCCCGGGUUCCACCAGGUGGACAUCCGGGGCGACGCGUACGGGAUGUUGGCGGCCCACCCGGUGGCGCCGCUGGUGUCGCUGCACCACCUGGACCACGUGGCGCCCAUAAGCCCGCAGGGCAAGACGGCGCUGGACGCGGUCCGGCCGCUGGUGGGCGCGUCCCGCUUCGACCCGGCGCGGGCGCUGCAGCAGAGCUUCUGCUACCAGCGCGGGCCGGGCUACGUAUGGUCCGUGUCGAUCUCGUGGGGCUACACGGUGCAGGUGUACCCGUGGGCCGUGGCCCCGCACGAGCUGGAGGUGCCGCUGCAGACGUUCCGGACCUGGCGGAGCUGGGCCGACGGGCCGUUCGUGUUCAACACGCGGCCGCUGAGCCCGCACGACGCGUGCGCCCGCCCCGCCAUGUUCUUCCUCGGCCGGGUCCGGAACGGGACGGCGCGCACCACCGUGACGGAGUACGCCAGGCGCGCCGGCCCGUCGAAGGAGUGCGACAAGGCUAGCUUCCGUGCGGCGUCCACGGUGCACACGGUCAGGGUCAUCGCCCCCAGGAUGAGCGAGAGUGACUGGAGGCGGGCACCGCGGCGGCAGUGCUGCAAGACGAAGCGGACGAGGUGGGGCUCCGUGCUGGAGGUGCGGAUACGGCGUUGCGGCAGAGGAGAGCUCACGUCGCCGUAGAAUAGAAACAACCGGUCCGUUUUCGCUGUGAUUUAUCCACGGAAGGCCAACGAAAACAGCAGUAGAUAUUUGAGUGGAGAGUAUCUGCCUUCUAGCGACAACAGAUUUGUCCACGCUGUGUAUAAAAAAGCUUUACCUACGCGACUGAUGAGAUAUACAGGUCACGUACACAUACAGUAGCAUAUCCGAAAGUCACGUUUUGAAAACGUUGCGGUGCUGUACAAAUUGGAAAAUAAAAUCGUCCCGUAGCAUUGUGAAUAAUGGUAGAAAUACAAGAACUCACUAGAUAAAUUUCA